AUGGCGGAGGAAGCGUUUUUGCACAAAGGUUCCUCUUUCAUGGAUCCUUUUAAAGGGGAUUUGUUGGCGUAUUUUCUCCCGGAGCCGUGUUACACUGCCUUUUUCCUGCAGUACAACUUCAUGGACGGAACAUGUUUUAAAAUGAUACUAAGCAAAAGUCUGGGGUCUGCCAUCAUCUUGGGAUCGGUGAUGGUCAAGUUACCUCAGAUCGUGAAGGUGAUUGGUGCAAAAAGCGCUGAGGGUCUGAGCUUCCAGUCUGUGCUUGUAGAGCUGCUGGCCAUCACAGGAAGUAUCGCCUACAGCGUCACUAACAGCUUCCCCUUCAGCGCUUGGGGCGAGGCGCUCUUCGUCAUGCUGCAGACGGUCACCAUCGGCUUCCUCAUUCAGCACUACACAGGAAGAACCGCCAGAGGUGUUGUUUUUCUGUUGGUGUAUUUGGGGUUGUUGUUCCUGUUGUUGUCUCCAGUCACGCCUUCAUCAGUGGUGACCGCCAUGCAAGCCUCCAAUAUGCCUGCCGUCAUCGUCAGCAGGAUAAUCCAAGGAGUCACUAACUUCCAGAAUGGACACACUGGCCAGUUGUCUGCUGUGACUGUCUUCAUCUUGUUUGCUGGAUCGCUAGCACGCAUCUUCACAUCAGUGCAGGAAACUGGAGACACGCUGCUGGUCGUCACCUACGUGGUAUCAGUGGCCUGCAACGGGAUCAUAGUUCUACAGAUUCUCUACUACUGGAAAAGAACCAAAAUGAUACUCAAACAAAGACUUGAACCUGAAACGACAAUAAUCAGUCAAUAAAUUGUUGAUUUUUAUUGUGUUGCCAAAUUAAAGUAGAUAUUUAUAUUUACAAUAAAUAGAUAUUUUUAAACAUGUGAAUUAUUUAACGUUUAAGAAUAACUGUGAGACAUUUAAUUGUAACUACUGUAUAUUACAGGAUGUAAUUUCUAUAGGUACAUUUCCUCAACUCUGCUGGACGCUGUUUUCAUCUUAUGCACACUCAUCCUUGUCCCUUUAUGUAUUUCAUGGGAGGCAGGUGUGAACUGAGACCAAAUUUUGGCCCUGGACUUUGUAAUCCAGACUGGCCCAUUACUUGUUGUGCUGCGCCAGUGCGCCCGUUCAUGUACAGUACAUAUAUACACCCACGCCUUGAGCAAUAACGCUCUAUCUUCUGGAGCCUUGGAUACGUAUGAGAGUGGAAUCAUUCAUGGGUGGGCUCACUGGGCUGCUGGGGUCACCGAAGAGCACAAAUCUGAACAGUGUGGAAUAGUUCUGAACAAGUUUACAUGCAAAACAAUGAGUCUGCAUGCAAUCCGAUCUGAUUUUGUUGUAUAAUUGUAACAGUCAUGUUUUAUUCAUUGUAACUGAAUCAUGUGAAACCGUAGAAAGGACAAUAAACCGCAAACACUGCCUGAAAAGAAAUACGUAAAGCAUACAUUUUGUUGAAAUUGUUACACCAGUGUCCUUCAUGAAGCAGACUGAACUGUGGGCACUAAAAAACUAGAUCAGGGCCCAAGUUUGACACAUGUCAUUUCGGGGGUACACGGCGAAGCGAGUUUAGUGAGUUAGCGGGUUGUUUUGAGGUGAAAGCCCGACUUGCGUGUUCAGCGAAGUCGCACUAUUUUAAAACAGCUUGUCACCAUGGUAACUUAGGCUAAACUCAUAACCUGGCCAGGACCAGGUUAUGUCCAGGCUUUCGGCUUAAAAUCAGCUAUGAAAGUGCCACUGUUUCACUGUUCGACUAAUUCGGAGAUGGCGUCACUAUUUAUUGAGAACCUCCGAGGUUCCCGAGGGGACAUGGAGAAAAAAAAUGGAAAAAAAGAGCAUUCCCUGAUGAUAUUAUCCAGCUAUAAGCGAGAUAGAUUUUCAGACGAGGGAAUACGCUAGAUAUGCUCACACGAGCACCAGGAAUAAAAUGCAAUAUGAAAUAGUGAUGUGUUGGUCAUGAUAUCAUGAUAUCAAACUAUACGCAUUCAAAAGAAAACGCUCUGCGUUAUAUAUGUCUCCCGCCGUAUCCCUGCGCACUGUUAUCUAUUAUGUGUUAUCCUGACUAUCACUGAAAACAUGACAUGGAAUCCAGGAAAUGAACUACAUGUACUGUACUAGAUGUAGAAUAGAUGGGGGGUAGGAUUAAAUAAGCUUUGCUUCUUCCUACUCCUUUUGGACAUGUGGAACUGUCAAAGAAUGAUUCACGAGAUGUAUUCCAUUGUAACCUUCAUGUUCAAAUAA